UGGUUACGAUACAACAAUAUGGCUGCUCUUUCUAACUUGAGUGAAAAAAUAAUAACAAAUUACCUCGAAAAUCAAAAUAUUAAGAAAGAUAAAGAUGUUGAAGAACUGUAUCUUGCAAGACAGGGUCUUACAGAAGUUUGUAGUCUACGACAAUUUAAGUUUUUAAAACAUUUGUGGCUUAAUGGAAACAAACUAAGAAGAAUAAAUUGUUUAAAUGGAAAUUGUCGUCUAGUGGAAUUAUACCUGCACAAUAAUCAAAUUGUGGGGAUAACUGGGACCUUACAUCAUCUAACAUGUCUAAAACUAUUGUUCCUAAACAAUAAUCAACUUACAAGACUAGAUUCUGUCUUGGCAGAACUGAAGAAAAUGAACUGCUUGCAGACACUAAGUUUAUUCGACAACCCAAUAGCACAAGAACCCGACUACAGAAUACAUGUUAUAAAUGCACUGAAGUCAGUUUUUUUGUUAGAUCGUCAAGAAGUUAGUAACAUGGAGAGAAAUAUGGCGCGUAAGGUUUACCAACAAGAACAUAAUCAUGUCAGUGAAAGCGUUGCUUUUGGAAGGAGAUCACAGGGCUCACCAGGUUUAUAUCAUCGGUUUAAUAGUUUAAAGUGUGAAGCAACUAAAUUUGAUAAUCGAGACAUUGGAAAUAGUUUUCUACGAGAUCAGGUUCCUUAUGAAACACAUGAAGAUGCCUGUAACGAUAGAAGAUCCAAGAAAUCAAUUAUGCUUUAUACUUGUUUGGAUUGGUCGAAAGUUCCGAGAAUUGAAGAAAGAAGAACAUCUGAGCACCCAUUUGAUUCACCUGAAAUCGUUACUCAUGUGUACAGAUAGAUCAUGGAUUUUUUUAACAAAACCAUUUAUUUUAAUAUUUGGACGCAGCAUUUUAUCAUAAUAGAUAUCAAUUCAUUGUUUGUGUAAUAAAUUAUAAUAACCAGAAUAUCUGUAAAUGUUUGAUGGAAUAAAUUGUAUUUUUAUAGAAAAUUAAA